AAAAGAUAUAAGUUUGACGACGAUCUCUUUGGAAACGGUCAAAAUAUUACCAAUCAGUAACAAUAUGAAAUUCUUUACUUUGUUCGCCGUAGCCGUUUUGGCUUUCAACGUGGUAUCUGCCUUGAACAUUGACCAACUCAAUCGCAACAGUUAUACCACUGAAAAACCUUACACUCUUAAGGAUAACGCUGUCGCCUCUUCCCUACCUCAUGUUGUUGCUGAAUUUCUUGAACGUGUUUAUGAAUUGUUGAAACAAAUCUUGCCAGCUCCUGUUGCUGAAUUGUUCCAUCAAUUAUUUAACGCUAUUCAACAUUAUUUUGAAUCGUUCCCUGCUGAGAUCGUUACUGCUUUCGCUAACGUCUGGAACAAUUUUCCCAGCUUCAACAACGUUUUCUCACCUGAAUUCGUCGCUGCUGUUGACCAAUUUUUCGGUCUUCUCCAAGAAUACUUUUGGGGUCAUCCCGCCGCCAAAUGGUUUGAAAAUUUUUACAAGACCUGGGCCUCCGCCACUGAAGUAUUCCCCAAAGAAUUCUUUGUUACCUUUGGCAGAUUUGUCGAACAUGUCCCAUUCCUCAACUACGUUUUGAAGCAAUGGAUGGUAUUUUUGGAACAAUUGUUACCUCAUGUUCGUCAAUUCUAAGCAGUUGAACUUAUAAAUGAACUAAAUAAAAUAAAAAUUGUUAACGAAAUAGUCGGGAAA